UCGAAAAUCUUAACGUCCUAAACUAUCCAUCAUGUAUAUUACUCCUAUUAUAGGUAAAGAAUGCCUCAGAGUCACGCUUUUGAUGCUCAAUGGAUUUUGCUUUCUUAUAGCAAUUGGCUUCAUAUCAUCUUCAAUUGCGAACAUUAAUAUAAUGAAGCAGUAUGGAGACGAUAGCUCUAAUGGCGUUGUUGAUGCCGUCACCAUAACGAUCGGCCUGCUGACACUGGUAGUCGCUGGUUUCGGCUCCAUUGGGGCUUACAAGGGAAACGUGGAAACACUUCAUAUGUACGUAGUUUUACUGAUAAUAAUGGGCGGCCUGGAGAUUGUGAUCCUGUUUUCAACGGCUGACGAGCAUAACACGAACGAAUUAAGGAUUUCCCAGUUCAUGAGCCAGAAUUACUUCCUGAACACCACCGAUAUGGAUGUAGUCGCUCAUGCAAAGUUUUGGGAUGAAGUACAGUCAAAGUACAAAUGCUGCGGUUUCAAUGGACCGGAGGACUAUAUUACUUCGGGCAAGGAUAUAAGCCUCUCGUGCUGCCAACAAGCCUACGAUGCCAGAUUUACUAACUAUCAGGAUCAGCUUUAUAACAUUUGCUUAGAAACCGCCAGCUACUACAACGUGGGAUGCGAAAAACAGCGUCCGCUUAUGUUGAAAUUGGAUAGCGAUUGGUUGGGCAUUUUUAUUUUUAUGUACUUCUGGGUUCAGGCAAUAGAAUUAUGUCUAGCGGUGCUGGUGAUACAAAAUGAAACACAAUUAGAGCUGGAGAUGAAAUUGAUGGGAUAUCAUGAGGUGCAAACCGCGCCUGCGUAAGCGGUCGCCUGCAUUUCUGCCUCUUACGUGGGACCAAUCACAAGGAAUUGUUAAAACAGGCGCACUUAGCGAUUGGCCCACGCAACCGCAGACGUGUGUUGUAAGCCGUUGAUUGGCC